AUGUCGUCGAAGUCUUCGGAGUCAAUGCAAUGGAUGUACCGGGACCCAAAUCUAGAUGACGUUGAAGACGUCGAGAAAUACGUUAUCGGUGGUUGCCACCCUGUUAAUAUCGGCGACGUGCUGGGCGAAAAAGAAAAGCGGUACGAAGUCAUUCACAAACUCGGAUCUGGAGGCUUUUCAACAGUCUGGCUCGUCCGCCUGGUGAGUACGCACCGCUAUCACGCCCUCAAAAUCCUGGGUGCCAAUGCUACGGAUGACAUGGAGCUCAACAUUCUUCGGCACCUCCAAGAAUGCGCCGCUUCUCAUCCAAAUAUAUCGUCUCUUGACGAUGUCUUCCAGAUCAACGGACCGAACGGGUUACACUACUGCUUGGUUCUUCCCAUAUUAGGGCGAAGCAUUAAAACCAUGAGCGAAAGGAGCGAAAGACAGCUUCCGAUAUCCCUACGCCAUAAGGCGUCUCAACAGGUUGCCAGCGGGUUGGCGUAUCUACACUCCUUAAAUAUAUGUCAUGGUGAUCUUACUCACUCCAACGUUCUAUUUGAACUUCGGGACAUUCAGUCUUGGUCCACAACCCAAAUAUAUGAGCAUCUCGGCCCGCCCAGAACAGCUUAA